GAAACUUAACAAUUCAUAUUUUGAUGAUUAAAAUAAAAAAUCAAUCAAAGUUAAAUGAUUAAUCGCGUAAUUUACCGAAAAGAAAAAGGGAUUAAACGUUGUACCGCCUCCCGCGUAGUAGAUAAAUGUUCUUAUCAUGGUAAUUAAUGGUAAUUAAAUCCCCUGUCCAAGACAUAGGUUAGCUAAGCCAACCCACCCUCCCGAAACUUCCACCGUCAAUCACGCGCUCUCUAUCGAAUCCUUGACUUGAAAACAUUAAGUUAGACAACAGACCUCCAUAUAUACAAAAAUUCUCUGUUCUCAUCUCAAUUUGUUUCCUCAGUUUUUGUGUGUUUUGAAAGGCUAUAUUAGGGGCAGGGAAAUCAAUCUUUGAUUUCCGCUUGUAUAUUUUAUUAAUCUCCUUUUUUUUUUCUGCUGAAGGAAUUCGCCGAUCCGGUUCGGUCUCUGGCUCCACCAUCUAUGCCAGAGAUCGAACAUGUUCCAGAAAAUGCCCUGUUCGGCAAAUACGAGCUCGGCAGGCUCCUCGGUUGCGGCGCCUUCGCUAAGGUUUAUCAUGCCAGAAACGUCCGCACUGGGCAGAGCGUGGCCGUUAAGGUAAUCAACAAAAAGAAGCUGUCCAGCACCAGCUUGAUGUGCAACGUCAAGCGUGAGAUCUCCAUCAUGAGUCGCUUGAAUCACCCUUAUAUCGUCAAACUCUACGAGGUUUUGGCCACCAAAACUAAGAUCUAUUUCGUGAUGGAAUUCGUCAAAGGUGGAGAAUUGUUCGCUAAGGUUGCUAAAGGAAGGUUCAGCGAAGAUCUCAGCCGUAAGUAUUUCCAACAGCUCAUAUCGGCCGUCGGGUAUUGCCACUCCCGCGGGGUAUUCCACCGUGAUUUGAAACCUGAAAACCUCCUUGUUGACGAGAACGGGAAUUUGAAGGUUACCGAUUUCGGUCUCAGUGCCGUAACCGAUCAGAUCCGACCCGACGGGCUGUUGCACACCUUGUGUGGGACCCCAGCUUACGUGGCACCGGAGAUCUUGACGAAGAAAGGAUAUGAUGGAGCUAAGGUGGAUGUGUGGUCAUGCGGCGUCAUCCUCUUCGUGUUAAACGCAGGUUACUUGCCUUUUAAUGAUCCGAAUCUCAUGGUUAUGUACAAGAAAAUCUACAAAGGUGAGUUUAGGUGUCCUAAAUGGAUGUCGAGCGAUCUCAAACGCUUGCUAUCUCGGCUUCUGGAUACGAAUCCCGACACAAGGAUCACGAUUCAUGAGAUCCUCAAGGAUCCAUGGUUCAGGAAGGGUUACAAGGAGCCUAAGUUCCAUGAGGAGCAUGUCAAGGUAGACAAGGAUGAACCUCAGGUUACAAGCUUGAAUGCAUUCGAUUUGAUAUCAUUCUCAUCCGGCUUAGACCUGUCUGGUUUGUUCUAUGACUCGCAUGAUUCGGUCAGUGACGGCGAACGCUUUGUAUUAAGAGAGUCACCUGAGAAAUUGGUGGAGAAAGUGGAGGAGGUUGCCAAAGCCGAGGGUUUCAGGGUGAAGAGGAGGAAAGAAUGGGGCGUUGAAUUGGAGGGGCAAAACGGAAAUUUGCGGAUAGCGGUUGAUGUUUACCGUUUAACAGAUGAGUUGGUUGUGGUGGAAGCCAAGAGAACAGGCGGUGAUGCCUGGUGCUACAAGGAUAUUUGGAACAGCAAGAUCCGGCCUGCGUUAGCAGAAAGGCAGGAGGUGGCAGGCAACUGACAAUUCCCCGUCAAAGAUUGGGCGGUAAAUUACCCAUGAUUUACAUGAAACAAACAUAAAGUUUAACAACAGUCGUGCGUGGUUAAUUUCUACAUCGGUGUAUUUCAAAUGCAUUCUGCAUUAUUAUUGGGAUGAAUGGUGUGAAAUUGGGAAAAAAAAAACAAAAAAAAAUUGAAGGAAGAGGAAAGAAAGACACUAACAACAACAGAAUGGACACUUCCCUCGACGCAUUAGCGUGAGUCGAGUCUUCCAGGAGAAAAAAGAGAAUUACUACUACUACUACUACCAAUUCCAGUUAAAAUUUUGUGCUUGUAUUUGUGUGUAUGUAUCUUAGCAGUACUUUGGAAUAAAUUAAGAAGAGUGAAAGUUAUUUA